AUAGAAUUUAAUAAUAAAUUUUCUUUUCAUUUCAGGCUUGUAACCCUACCCAUCCUGAUCCAUCAGUAUUGAAUGUACAUCUUGUGCCUCACACACAUGAUGAUGUAGGCUGGCUGAAGACUGUGGACCAGUAUUAUAUGGGAUCUGAAAAUAGUAUACAGCAUGCAGGUGUACAAUAUAUCCUUGAUUCUGUUGUGUCAGAAUUGUUAAAAGACCCCAAGAGGCGAUUCAUCUAUGUGGAAGUGGCUUUCUUUGAGCGGUGGUGGAAUGAGCAGAAUUAUGACACAAAAACAGCAGUCAAGAAGCUUGUCAAUGAAGGUCGUCUGGAGUUUAUUAAUGGUGGGUGGUGCAUGAAUGAUGAAGCGGCAACUCAUUACAAUUCUAUCAUUGAUCAGAUGACGCUUGGUCUUCGCUUCCUCAAUGAUACGUUUGGAAGUUGUGGACGCCCACUUGUAGCAUGGCAUAUUGAUCCAUUUGGUCACUCCAGGGAGCAAGCAUCAAUAUUUGCCCAGAUGGGUUUUGAUGGAUUUUUCUUUGCCCGACUGGAUUAUGCUGAUAAAAUAAAUCGAUUGAUGCGACAUGAAAUGGAAGCCAUAUGGCAUGGUAGUUCAAGUUUAGGCAAAGAAGCUGACUUGCUGUUUGGCGCCCUCUUUGCUCAUUAUAACCCGCCCCCAGGGUUCUGCUAUGACCAGACUUGUAAUGACCCACCAAUUCAGGAUGAUCCAGAUUUAUUUGAUUAUAAUGUGGAUGCCCAGGUGAACAAGUUCAUUAAAUAUGCCAAGAAACAGGCGGCAUAUUUCAAGACAAACCACAUUAUGAUGACAAUGGGCUCUGACUUCCAAUAUGAGAAUGCCCUUCCUUGGUUUGAAAACAUGGACAAGCUCAUUAAAUAUGUCAACAAGCAGGGAGAUGAAUGUAAGAUCAACGUAUUGUAUUCAACCCCUUCAUGUUAUGUAAAGAGCCUAAAUGAAGCUGACAAGACCUGGACAACUAAAAGCGAUGACUUCUUCCCAUAUGCUGAUCACCCCCAUAGUUAUUGGACAGGAUAUUUUACCAGCAGGCCUGCUCUCAAGUACUAUGAACGAAUUUCAAACAAUUUCCUACAGAUUUGUAAACAACUUGAAGUUUUAGCUGGAUCUCAGCAGCAUAAUGACAAGACAGCAGAAUCCAAGACUCUCGGGAGGGCAAUGGCAGUGGCACAACAUCAUGAUGCUGUAAGUGGCACUGAGAAGCAACAUGUCGCUAACGAUUAUGCUAAGAGGUUAGCUAUUGGUACCAAUCAUUGCCAGAGAUUAGUAAAUUCAGCACUGGGGUCAUUUAUGUCAACAUCGUCUCCCCCAGACUCUUUAUUCUGUACCUAUCUCAACAUCAGUAUAUGUCCAGUAACUGAGAAUUCUAAAUCGUUUGCAGUGAUGGCUUAUAAUCCAAUUGGGCGAACUGUUUUCCAUUAUAUACGUGUUCCUGUGAAUGGCGAACAUUUUGUUGUUGAAGAUUCUGAUGGAAAGCUUAUUAAAAGUGAAGUUUCAAGUGUCUCUGCAAGCACCAAAGCGGUGAGACGCAACCGAGGUAAUGCAACGAAUGAGCUUGUGUUCCUGGCAACCAUCCCUGCCAUUGGCUACAAUACAUACAUUGUAUCUAAGGCAAAAUUUGGCCUUAGCAAGGCGAAGAAGGAAGUAUUACCAUCUUCAACACCUAUAUUCAUAGAAAAUGAAUACUUGAAGCUUACUUUUGAUAGUGAGACUGGCUUAUUAGACUCAAUUACAGAUAUUAACUCUAACCUGACAACAUUGACUAAGCAAUCCUUCUACUGGUACAAAAGCAGUAUUGAAAUGCAAGCUUCUGGUGCAUAUAUAUUCCGACCUGACAAAUCUGUUCCUACUGAGAUCACUCAGAGCAAGACUGUUAUCACUAAAAUAUCUAAGGGUGACCUUAUUCAGGAAGUUCAUCAAUACUUUAGUCCAUGGCUAACCCAGGUCAUAAGGUUGUAUAGUGGUCAGCAACAUGCUGUGUUUGAGUGGACUGUGGGCCCCAUUUAUUUUGAAGAUGGACUUGGAAAGGAGAUCAUAACACGGUUUGACUCUGAUAUAAAAUCUGGGAAGAAGUUUUACACAGAUUCAAAUGGAAGGGAAAUUCUAGAAAGAAUUAAAGAUCACCGUGAGAGUUGGUUAUAUAAUGUCACAGAACCAGUUGCUGGGAACUAUUACCCAGUUAACAGUCGUAUGUACCUCAAGGAUGAAAAACGACAAUUGACAAUAUUAAGUGACAGAUCACAGGGAGGAAGCAGCAUGAAAGAAGGUUCCAUGGAAAUAAUGGUCCAUCGUAGAAUAUUGAAAGAUGAUGCUCGUGGUGUCGGUGAACCACUUAAUGAAACCGGUCAGUUUGGAGAUGGUUUGAUUAUUCGUGGCAAGCACUUUGUUUUGUUAUCUCCACCAAAUAAGUCAGCUAGUCUUCAUCGUCAAUUAGCUGAACAGCUUUAUAUGGCACCCUCACUAUCCUUUUCUGAAGCUUCUGCUGAUUGGCCAAAAAAGUAUAAGUUAAAUGGUUCCAUGUUGCAAAGUGUUCUUCCUCCAAAUAUUCACCUUUUAACGCUUCAAUUGUGGGACAGCAGCACUGCACUUAUACGUCUUGAACAUCAGUUUGAAUGUGCUGAAGAUCCAAACUUGUCACAAAAUGUUACACUUUCCCUAAAGAAUCUCUUUGUACCGUUUGAUGUUGUAUCUGUGAGAGAGGUGACACUGUCAGCCAAUCAGUUUGUAACAGAUGCUGAAAGGUUACAAUGGAAAAUCGAAGACAGCGAUCAACCAACACCAUCCAACAAGAAACCUGUGCCAGUUCCAUCAAACACUUUGGAUGUACUCUUGACACCUAUGCAAAUUAGGAGUUUCCUUGCAACUAUUCGACGUCAUUAGGCCAAGAUAAUAAUUCUGUUUGAAUGUCGUGUCAUUUUGGAGGCUGAUAUAUGAGAAUCUGUACUUCUUGAGUAUUUAAGUUAUUGCAUUAGAUCAUAAGAAUGUAUUUAUUGGUGUUACCCUGGUACUGCAUAUGCAUGUACAGCAAUUUCCUUGUGUAAUUCUGUAAAUAUUUUUGUUUGUACAAAGAUUUAUCUGCAAGAAUAACCAAAUCAAGAUAUGGAUAUCUCAGGAAUAUAAUGUAGAAAAAUAUUGUUUUAUUUAUUUUAUAUAUUUGUGUAUUUAUUCAUUUUUUUGUUAUUUAUUUGUACAUGUAUUUAUCCAUGUAUUUAUUUUAUAUAUCUAUAUAUUUAUAUUAUUUUUUUGUGUAUUUCAUCUAAUUAAUUUCAAGCAACAAUGUGCUAAUAAAGUUAAAAAGAUAAUUUCCACCCUUGCCAUAUUUAUGAUUUAUCAAGAAUAAAGUAAUUUGGCUUUU